UUCAGCGGCGUUCGGGGCUACAGUCAGACAAGUCAGUGUGGCAAGCGGCUAAGGGGGGACAACGGGGUCUGCCUGGGGGAAGAGGAGUCCGUAAAAACCGGGAACUAAACCGGCAGAAGCCUCGGCCCUUUUCCUGCGGAGUUCCCACCGCUCGUCUCCUGCAAGCUUCUGCUCCCUAAAUCUGGGCUCAAAUCUGCACGGGUGACGGGAUUGGUCCAACCUGUGCUGUUGCAAAAGCUGGACUUGCAAGAGACAAAAGAUGGACCAGCUGUCCGACGAGGAAGUGGAGGUCAGAGAAGGGGAGGAAGAGGAAGAUAGCGAUAAGGAGGAUCAGGAUCUGGAUCAGAUGUUUGGAGCCUGGCUGGGAGAACUGGACAAACUCACGCAGAGCUUGGAUGAUGGCCGUCCUCAGCAUAAAGCACCCCUUAGGCAGGAGACGAACAUGGCCAACUUCUCCUACAGAUUCUCCAUCUACAACAUCAACGAGGCCUUGAACCAGGGAGAAAAUGUCGACCUGGAGGCUCUCAUGGCAGACCUCAGCUCCAUUGAACAGGAGCUCAGCACGGUCAACCCCAAACAGAACAGCAACAUGGCGCGUCUAGGACUCACCGAUACCAAGGUCCGUCAGAAGCCCCCGGCAGGCCGCAGUAGCAGGCAGCAAUCGGGGGGAAGCGGCGACGGUGGUGGAAGUAACAACGUCAGUGGCGGCGGUGGCAGCAGUGGGGCGAGCAGUAGCAGUAGCAGCACCAGGGCCUCCCCUGCCGGCACUAUCAGGGUUGCCCCUGAGCAACAAACGAGGCCGGCCCUGGCGUCUAACUUUAGCCUGGAUGAUAUAACUGCCCAGCUUGAGAAGGCAUCAAUGAGCAUGGAUGAAGCUGCUCGUCAAAGCUCUUCCCAUUCGCUUGGCUCGACUUCCACGUCGGCCUCGGUGCGGCGCCCAGCAUCCGGUCAGCGGCAGCAUCGGCGCACGGGAUCGGUCGGCACAGUCAGUGAGCAUGAGGUGCGAUCUGUCAUCCACUCUUCACGGUCCUCCAUCACGUCAGCCUCAGGAACAUCUGUCAACUCGGCCUCCUCGAUGGAUUCCCUGGACAGCGUUCCCCAUGCCAGCAACUCUGACGGCCAUCCUUCAGCCCUACAUCCACCCAACGGCACUAGCCACAGCACGGAGCACUCCUAUCUGGACAGAGAAACUUCUCUGAUUUUGAGAAACAUAGCAGGGAAACCUUCACACCUGCUGACCAAGGAGGAGCAAGCUGCAAAGCUGAAGGCGGAUAACAUCAGAGUCGCCCUGGAGAAGAUAAAAGAGGCUCAAGUGAAAAAGUUGGUGAUUCGUGUUCAUUUGUCGGACGAGAGCUCAAAGACCAUGAUGGUGGACGAGAGGCAAACAGUCAGACAGGUGCUGGACAGUUUACUGGAGAAGUCCCACUGUGGUUACAGUCCAGACUGGUCGUUGGUGGAAACCAUUAAUGAACUGCAAAUGGAACGCAUCUUUGAGGAUCAUGAGAACCUCGUGGAGAAUCUGCUGAACUGGACCAGAGACAGCCAGAACCGCCUCAUGUUCACUGAACGCAUUGAGAAGUAUGCGCUGUUCAAGAACCCACAGAAUUAUUUGUUGGGACGGAAGGAAACUUGCGAGAUGGCUGAGCGGAACAAAGAGGCCCUGUUAGAGGAGUGUUUUGGUGGCAGCUCAGUGUCGGUGCCGGAGAUGGAGGGCGUGCUGUGGCUGAAGGAGGAUGGAAAAAAGUCCUGGAAGAAACGCUACUUCCUACUCAGAGCCUCUGGCAUCUACUACGUCCCUAAAGGCAAAGCCAAGGCGUCCAGAGACCUGGUGUGUUUCCUCCAGUUGGACCAUGUCAACGUCUACCACGGCCAAGAUUACAAGAGCAAGUACAAAGCACCUACCGACUUCUGCAUGGUGCUCAAGCACCCUCAAAUCCAGAAGAAGUCUCAGUACAUCAAGUAUCUUUGCUGCGAUGACGUCAGAACACUCCAGCAAUGGGUCAACAGUAUUCGCAUCGCCAAGUAUGGCAAGCAGCUAUACAUCAACUUUCUGGAGGCCAUGAGGAGGACCGAGGCAGCCUAUGACUGGUCUUCGCUCUCUUCUUCCUCCAUGAAGUCAGGCUCUUCCUCCUCCAGUCUUCCAGAGAUUCAGUCCACCCACUCCAGCCAGUCGGACAGUGGCGUGUCAGAGAUGACAUCAGGCCACGGCCGCUCCCAGAGUGUUGUCAGCUCCAUCUUCUCUGAUGCGUGGAGGAGGGGAACGCAAGGAGAGAUGCUGAGGAUGGAUGCCAUCAGUAGGCCCAUCCCCUUGCAGAUCCCCACUGUGUCCUCCCAGCCCCUCCCGCUUCCCCAAUCUCAGACGCCACCCUCUCGAAGCAGCUACACUGACGGGACCCUUCCGCCAGACGAUCUGUCUGUGGUCGAGAAUGAUUCCCAUCAGGCGGCUUCUGCGGCAGCCUAUGUCAAGUACAGCACGCUGGCUCACCUACAGAACCAGAAGCAGUCCAGAGCGCAGCUGACCGGAGCGGCCCCCCCGCCCAACUACAACACUCUCCCAGCCACUUACGGUGACACCUCCCUGUCGCAUCCCUCCCUCUCACUGCCUCCUCCAUCCGCAGCUCCGGUCCUUGGCUCCGCCGGAGCCGUGCUGAAAUUUGGCCUCCCCGUUCCUACACCUUUACCAUCAGAGGAUGAGUUGCACGAACCUUCGUACCUACCACCUCCACCACCAGAGAUCCUGGAAGACACCGAGUUGCCUCCGUCCCUAGAUCCCACACUGAAUCACCGUGCUCAACUGUCCAACGCUGGCCUCCAGCAGUUCCUGGCGCAGAAGUUCCCCAACAUGGUCUACGACUUUACCCCAGGUACGUCUGAGGAAUCUUCUCCGCCUCUGGCCGAGCUCUCGCCUCCUGCAGACCUGCGCCCCCUGUCCCCCAACGCCCCGCCUCCGGCACCACCAAAAACCUUCACUGGUGGGUUUCCUCCUCAAACUGCGCGAAAACCUGCAGGUCCCUCCUCCCUGCCGCUCGCGCUGUCCCCGGUGUCACCCACACCGCUCGCCAGCAGCCACGGACCUGUAAAGAAGCAGCAGAGUUUUUCGACAGGCCACUCUCCCAAUCAGCCUCCCCCCACGCUCCCCAAGCAGCAUAGCCUUUCGUCCAAAAACCUUGUCCUCUCCCCUUCCCCUUCCUCUUCCAUGUCCUCUAUCUCCCUGGCUACCUCGUCAUUGGUCAAGCAGAUUGUCAAUCAGUUCCCGGGCAAUGCUGCUUCCUCGCCUCUUCCCUCUUCAAACUCUAUGGAAGGAUCAAAGUUUGGUGCACCUCAGUCUCCCCCGGCAGUCAAGGCGAAACCAAAAUGGCAGCCGGGCGGCACUGUUGCUCCCCAGUCCCCAGAGUUCCCACCACCGCCUCCUGACGGAUCUCUUGCCGAAUUCCCCCCUCCGCCUUCCUCAAAGACGAGCUCCCCCAUAAAAAAGUCGCCCUCCACUUCAUCCACCGGCUCUGCCAAGCGAGGGCCUCCGCCCACCCCGCAGAGGGCCUCCUCCGUGCGCUCCAACUCGGGCGAGGCACCGGACGACAGGCCCAAGAAAGUCGAGAGCCUGCUCAGCAAAUUUGGACAAGGUGGGACGUCUUCUAGCUCCUCGUCAGCGACCGGCUCGCCCUGCAAGGACUCCCCAGCCCUUCCGACGCCACUUCCCAAGCCGGGGAAGCUGAAUUUGGCUAACCUCCCGCUGGCGCUCCAGGGGCUCCAAUCAAGCCAGCACCACCAGUCCUCGUCAGACUUCCCUUCGCCUCCACCCCCGCCACCACUCUCCCAAUCGCAACAUCUAGAGUCGUCCCCCGACUACUUCCCGCCCCCGCCAAGUGACUCUGAGCUCUUUCCUCCUCCGCCCCACCCGUCCGAGUUCCAUCAACCGCCGAAGGUGGCCGUGGUCAACCCCCAGCCUCAGAAGCAGCAGCAGCCACCGGCGCCGCUGGUGUCAUCGUGGAAGCAAGGUUCUCUGAAAAAGGGAGCGGCGGCGGUGGCGGCAGCACCAUCGCUAAAUCGGCAGGCCAGCAACACAAGCCCGUACGACACGACGACGUCACUGGCGCACUCUCCGCCGCCCCUCUCUCAGACCCCACCGUCCACCCUGACUUCCUAUUCCUCCUCCCCCGUUGCUCCCACCUCACCCAAAUCCGCAGGACCGAGCACACUGGUGCUUAAGACUCACUUCCUUGAGGACCUUAACCGCACUCUGAAAAGGAAGUCAGUUUCCCGCCAUGGCUCGCUCACCUCCUCCAGCCUCAUCCCCUCCUCCAAGAUGGAGCCCGUGGCCACCAUGGACGACAUGGCCCUCCUCCCACCUCCUCCGCCCGAGCUCCUGCAGCAGCAGCAGGCGGCCCGCGGGCAAACGCAAACGCUGUCCCGACAUCACGCGCACUCCCAGUCUGCCAAACACAGCACCAACAUCUCAGGCUAUGCAACGCUGCGGCGAGGACCACCUCCCGCACCACCAAAACGGGACCAAAGCACCAAACUGACCAGCGAAUGGUAGAGGACAAAGACUGGAACUAUUUAUCAUCUCCCUGCAGUGGAAUCAUCUUCCGUCUUGAGUUGUGUGACUCUUCCUAAAUCCUCAAGAUGCAAUCAGACCAAUAUCCAGCCAAAGUAGUGAGUGAUUUCAUUGGUUCAGUCAAAUUCCACGCAAAAGGAAGAAGGCGGGUCACUUCUGCUGACUGGAACUCAAUGAACACAAACAGCAGGCAGAUUAGGUUCUGACUGCUACUGACGUGACCUUAUACACAUUAUCAUUCAAAUUAUUAGUCUUGUCAUUGCCAGUAUACAUUUAAGCUAUCCAGUCAAGAAGCAUACCGUAUAUACACAAAUACAGUAUAUCUGUACUCUGUACUGUAUGUUUAUGUAUAUACCUUAUGUGUAAACCUCCAAACUUUUCUUCACUAUCUGUUGAGCUUUGCAUUAAAAAUAGAAAAAAAUCGUACCAUUCGAGAAGUUUUGAUGAACGCUGGUACCCAAAUGGAGCCGCAGCAAUGAUGAAGGAUGCAGGGCGGUGGAUUGAGGUGUGUUUAUAGUAAAUGUAUGUUGUGGACUGGGAGGAGGUCCUUUUCAGUUCAAACCUUUUGUGUGUUUUUAUAUAAGAUUAUUUAAUGCUGGAAAGAUGUUAUUACCACAUAAUUAUUAUUUGAAGUUUUAAAGGAGUUGUUAAAAGAAAGUUUCAUUUUAUGUCCAAAGUGUUCUUCACCUUGCUUAAACUGUCUGUUCCAAUGAUAAAUUGUAAUUUCAUCAUUUCUAUACAAUUAAUAUCACGUUGUCACCCUCUUAAAAUAAUUGCCUAAGUCAUAUUUUGCCUUUUUUUUUUUCUUUUUUUGCCUUAAACUUCUAAUGGUGCUGGCCACCUCUGCUAAAAUCUGCUUCAUACUCAAACUUAUAAUUCAAUUCUACCCCAGAAGUUUUUAAAAUGAAUAUCGAUAAAUUGACCUUUUUUUUUUUGUUCGGUUCUGUUUUCUAAAAAAAAAAAAAAAAAACACUGUCUUAGGCCAUUAUUUUACAAAGGUGACAAUAUGACCAAACGCUUGUUGACUAUACUUGGCAGAUGAAGAAGCUAUGCAGUGUAAUGUCACAUUGCAGUGGGUGGCAUGCCAAAGAAGCCAACCAGAACCAUGUGACUGCUCAUGUCAGAUUAGGGCUGCUCACCAUAAACCUCUAUACAUCCGAAGUCCUUAGCAAAUCAAUAUGUGGCAUAAUUGAUUAAUCUGGCAAUAAAAUACACUUUUUUCC